AUGACGAGAUCAAUUUCUUCAUGCAGAACGGCCCAUCGACCAAGAAUACAACUCCUCUCUCGCAGCCCGUCGAUCUCCCAAUUCCGAUCAUACACAUACUACCAGCGCUUCAGGGACAAUUUCCGGGUUGCUGCACGAAAUGUCCAUCGCAAACACCCCAUCGGAUUUCCUCUUACACUGCUUUUCGCCGUGGGAAAUACCGCCCUCUUAGUAUACAUUGUCUACGACUUUAUGACUCGAGUGAAUCCGGAAUUCACAAAGUUCCCUAAGGAAAUAGCUACGCCUCUUCGAAAGGCAGUAUAUUAUACUGAAAUGGACCUCAAACCACCGUCAGCAUUGGCCUAUUACAAACAGGCAUUAGCCGCUGGAUAUCAAUUGGGACUACAUCCAUUUUCAGAUGAAAUGCUGGGCAUACGAUUAGCGGUAGCUGCUAUGCUGGAGAAGGCAAAAUUGUUUGAUGCAGCGAUUGAAGUUCUCACGACAAUUAAGCAUGAUUGCGAGACUUGGAUAGAGAAUGGAAGGAGACGAAAACUGAUAAUGGAUCGGGAAAAUCAGAGUGGGAAAAAUACCCGACCUGACCCCUCUGAUUUGGAUGCUGUAGCUGAGUACGAAACUGAUCUGAAAAAGGAGCAGGAAGAGGAGGAACUGCGCGACAAGGUGGUGAAGAAGAUACCAGGCAUUAGCCUAAAACUAGCCGAUAUAUACUCCGAACAAUACCCUGAUGAUACCGCGAAGGCAGAGAAAUUCCUUACCUCUGCCUUCGAAACUAGCAGAGCAGAGCUUCAGCGAAGAAGAGACUUGAAGCUGCCUAUUACAUCGGAUGAGGAAAAUCCAGCAUACCUUACUCUUUCCGAAGUGGGCAAUGCAUGUAGUGAGUUGGCUGACCACUACGUAAAUAAAGGCAGAAGCGACCUAGCAACCAUUCUGUACAUGCAAGCAAUAUCCUUAUUCAAGGAAGACGAAGGAGAUGGACGACACAAAUGCAUCCAGGCCGUUCUCCUAAAUAAUAUUGCUAGUCAGAUGGCAGAACAGGCUGGAAAGGUGCCUUUGGGCGCCCCGUUGCCCUCUUCUGCGUCUUCAAACCCUGUUUCACGCGAUCAGCUGCUAUCCGCAGCGGGAGAAUGGGCCAAAAAAGCAUUGGACGUUGCUAGCAAUGUUGAGGAAUCAUAUAAGAAUGAGCAAUGUGACCAAGCCUGUGUUGUUGCUCUGUUCAACUUGGGAGAGAUAGCUGAGAUGCAAGAAAAUUCUCAGCAGGCAGAGGACUUCUAUCGGAAAGCCAAAGCAGCGGCUGUGAAAGUUCAAUUCGCGGAAGGAAUUGAACAGGCGGAAGAUGCACUGAAGAGGCUGCGACGCAAGAAGUGA